AUGUCGGAUGUUAAGGACACAAUCCCUCGAGGUUCUAAAAUCCUUGUGACUGGAGCUAACGGCUUCAUUGGUUCCCAUGUGGUCGAUCAACUAUUGAGCCUAGGCUACUUGGUCCGCGGUAGUAUUCGGAAGCCCAAGCCCUGGUUAAAUGAGCUCUUCGACCGAAAAUACGGCAAAGGCAAGUUCGAAACUUGCGUUGUCUCGGACCUCACCAGUGGGAUUGAAUGGGAGGGGGCAAUCAAAGAAGUCGCAGGAAUUAUCCACGUCGCCGCUGAUCUAUCGAUGAACCCUGACCCGAAUAUAACCAUUCCGCAUGCCAUAAAAGCAACAGUCAACCUUCUAAAAACAGCUUCGCAACAAGCUAUAGUUAAGCGUAUUGUUCUGACCUCAUCUUCAACCGCCGCAUACCUACCGAAGCCCAACGAAGAAGGAAUUGUGCUCACCACAGAUACAUGGAAUGAUGCUGCCAUACAAGUGGCUUGGGAUGAAAGUAUUCCUCGUGAGGGUAAGGGAUACAUUGUAUACGGGGCCUCUAAAACAGAAAGCGAGCGGGCAGCAUUUAAAUGGGUCAAAGAAAAUGAUCCUCCAUUUGUUCUAAAUACGAUCUUACCCGGCAUCACUUUUGGCAAGAUUCUUGCUCCGGAGAUACGCGGUUCAACACAGUCGUUCAUCGGGAAUAUCCUUAAAGGAGAUGGGGCAGCACUUGGGUCCCUUCCUUCACAGUGGUAUGUUGAUGUUACGGACGUUGCGAGACUACACAUUAUUGCCCUUCUCUUGCCAUCGAUAAAUUCCGAGCGAAUUUUCGCAUUUGCGGCCACCCAUACCUGGACCGAUAUCAUCAGAAUCCUACGAAAGCUUCGUCCCGAUAAUCUACUGAUUCCCCCUGAACCUGAAAAUGAACCUCGGGACUUGAGUGAUGUGGUGCCUUCUAGACGGGCGGAGCAGCUUCUUAAGAGCUACUUCAAUCGGUCGGGUUGGGUCAGUUUGGAGGGAAGCAUCGCCGAGGGUAUUUCUGGGGCAUAG